UGAUUGUAGCUGCCAUCAGCACAGAUCUGCAUGUUCCGUGUUGACACCUGGUCCCCUCCCCACACUGGUCUAUAAAUGCCCCGUGUCCGGCCAGUGUCCCAUGCAGGCUGCACUUGGACUGGCCUAGCACCGGAGCAGCUACCCAGCGAGACAAUCAGGGGAAGCGAGAAGAUGGGGCCAGUCGCCUACUUCAGCCUCUGCCUCCUCGGCUGCCUGAUCUUUAACCCCUUGCUGGAAGGGGUACAGGGUGUAGUAUGUCCCGGGUGCUGGCUGCCCUUCCACGACAGCUGCUAUCGAUACGUCCCCCAAGAGAAAAACUGGCUGGAGGCUGAGGCGGACUGCCAGCAGCAUUGGCCUGGGGCCCAUCUCGCCUCCAUUCACAGUGCCGAAGAAAAGAAUAUGCUGGCCCAUUACAUCAAGGGGGACCCCACAAAGAAGAAUCAUGUCUGGAUCGGACUCUCAGAUCCUGACCAUGAUCAAACCUGGAGAUGGUCAGAUGAUUCUUCAUUCAACUUCAGAGCUUGGGAUAAGGGACAACCCAAUCAUGGGACAGAAGACGAGCACUGCACAGUGUUAUUUUACGAUACAGCAUGGGAGGCCGCCACCCAGGAGGCGGUGGAGAAGCCCCUGGCAGUGGGGGGCGUGUAUGUCCCCCUGGAGCUGUUAGAAGACCUGGGCGCCUGA